AAUUGUAUUUACUAUUGUUCUUUUAAUUUUCCUAUAUGGUUGUCCCUGUUUUGUGUUAUCUGAAGCUGAAGAUUAAUGUCGUCGCACUCAAUCACGGAAACUAUUCGGUCUUUGCUUUCAUGAAUUGUCACUAUUGGUUCAUAUUCAAAAUCUUGAUUAAGCGCUGAAGGAUAUCUACUUAAGGUGUCCACAUGGGACAUAUAUUUUCCAUGUACGAAAUAUCGUAAGUAUCGAUAUGAAUUAUCAUCCGAUAGUUCUAGUUCUGCGAACUAAAACUAUGAGAGAACGACUGAUCGGAACUGGGGUUCAAUGGGCACUUUUGGCGGUAUCGACAAGACGAGGAGGUUGAAAAGAAUUAAGUAAAAAUAAAAUCAUAAAAGCCCGAAACAUCCAUGGACCUUUUGCGCCAAUAACUUCAGAAGUGGGAUCGUAGCCCUUUAAAGUAUCUGCCUACAUAAGUAUUUGUCUACUGGCAUCCCCGACAUUUUAUAAAUGGCCGAGGAGACCAUGGCAAACAUUGACAAAGAAAAAAUUGUAGAGUGGUUGCUGGAGAAGGAGGUCAUUUUUCCAGCCAGCGCAACACUAAGGCAACUUCGUAAGCUUGCCAUAAGUGGUGGAAUGGACGAAGUUUCUGAAAGUCCGGUGAAUAAAUCGGAUAUUGAAUCGGAUGGAAAAGUGUCUGAAAAUGAGCAGAUCGACGAUAUGAAAGAAGAAGAAUUACUUGACGCCGCAAUAAGGGUGGCUGAGAAAAAGAAGAAACUGGCUGCCUUAAUGGUAAUGGACAACUAUAUGACCGAUGACAUCCGAAUGGUCAAGCAACUUAUUGCCCCUUUUUCUGUCAGUGAAAAUGAUGAAGCCUCUGAAUGGGUCUUGAAUUUUGAACGGAUUUGCGGAGGCGUGAACGAAAGCAGCAAUUUUAAGCUUCGUUGUGUGCGCAUGUUGAUGAAGGCGGGAACAGAGGCGGACUUGUUCAUGCGUGUCGACAAAUCAAAGACUUACGACGAGUUUAAGGGAAACUUCCUUAAAACUUUUGGCCGCAGCAAUUCAACUGCCGACGUGGUACUUCUGUUGAAGGAAACCUUUUUCAACCCGGAGAAAAACUCCGUAAUGGGAUAUAUUCUUCGCAUGGAAGAAAUUGCUAUGCGUGCCGACAUCGAAGAGAAAUUGACAGUGCAGUUCAUCAUUGAUGGUUUUCGUGAUCGAUCUUCCAGUAUCGCCUUAUUGUAUUCAGCGUCGACCAUCGGAAAACUUAAGAAGCUAGCUCGACAAUACGAGGCUUUGAGGAAGAGUACCCAGACGAAUUUUAAGCGUACUGAGACGACCGCUUCCGGAAAUGACCGGAGCCAGGUGCGCUGCUAUAAUUGUUGAGCACAUGGCCAUUAUGCUUCAUCGUGUCCCGCACCUAAUCGGGAGAAGGGAUCGUGUUUCCAGUGUGGAUCCAUGCAGCACCAGGUGAAGGAUUGCCAACAGAAGCCUAUGCCAACCCAGCGAUCCGUGGGUACAGCCAGCAACCCGCCAAUGGACGACAGAGAGGAGAACAAUAUGUUUGUUCCUAUUGUUAAUCAGCGCUAUUAAUUUGAUGCAGCGCUCGGCGAUACCUUAUGAAAAUUUUGAUGGUGUACUAAGACCGACAGAGUAUUUUGGAGUUAACGGUUCGAGAAUAAGCAUUUUUGGAAAAAUAUUUGUCAAUUUAGUUUUUCAUAACAUUGAAAAAGAACUUAUAUUUUUCGUUGUACCAAACAACUAUAUUUCGUGUAAUGUCCUUCUGGGGCGCAGUUUCCUUGAAAAUUAUGGAAUAAAAUUAAUUUUUGAAAAUGAAAUUGAAAAUGUAAAGCGAGUUACGCAAAGCAAUAUGGUCUCAAUUGAAAAUAGAGUAUUAGUGAACAGUGACUUAGAUGAAAAUAGAGUAUUAGUGAACAGUGACUUAGAUAAAAAUAGAGUAUUAGUGAACAUUGAGAGUGAGCAAAUUGAAAAUGUAGUAUUGACAAAUAGAGAUAGUGAGAUGAUGUUAUCAGAUAUCAAUAAUAAUGGAUUAUUAAAGGAUGAAAAUUAUGAGAAUAAGAUUAGUGACCAAUUGAAUUGUAAUAACAUUGACCUUUUAUUGAAAGAUAACGAGCAAAAGCAUAUGGCAAGUGAAUCAUUAGAAAGAACCGACAUAGAUAUACCGUAUAUAUAUAGUAUUGAAAUAACAAAAGAAGAGGACA